GAGAGAGAGAGAGAGAGAGAGAGAGGAGGGGAAGAGAGAGAGAAUGGAUUUUUUUUUUUUGGAAGGAAAUAAACAGAGCAGCCUGGAAAUCGACCUUUUCUGUUACCAGUUUUUGGCACCCAGGGAUAGUACCUCUCCUGGUCCUCUGAGCGAGGGGGCAGCAGCGCUUGGACUUCAGCUUUGCUGGUGGGAAACACGGGACCACAGAUACAAUCGAAGGGUAACAAAGAUCAAAUACCCAGCGAAACAUGUCAAACUUGAUCGCUAUGCAACAGAUUGAUGGUAGCCCAGGAUGCAAGCAAUGUGGCAAAGCGCCGGGUCCGAUGUUUUGGUUCUGGUCCAGCCGCCUACAACCAACCAAGCUAGAAAAGCAACAAAAGACAAGCAUGCAGUCAAUGGGAAUCCCACCAUAGAGCCUUUUCCAGACGGCAUGGACACCAUCAUGUUUGGCAUGGGCUGUUUCUGGGGAGUGGAGAAACUUUUCUGGACGCUUCCAGGAGUCUUCUCCACACAGGUGGGCUACGCUGGAGGCUUCACACCAAACCCCUCUUACGAAGAAGUCUGCACAGGUCUGACCGGGCACACCGAGGUGGUGAGGGUGGUCUUCUCCACAGCAAACAUCAGCCUUGAGGAUCUGCUCAAAAGCUUCUGGGAGAACCAUGAUCCUACACAAGGUAUGAAGCAGCACGCUGACCAUGGUACCCAGUAUCGUUCAGUCGUUUACACAUCCAGCUCUGCUCGACAGGAGCUGGUGUUGAAGUCCAAAGAGGCCUUUCAGCAGGAUCUGAAUAAGAAAGGCUACGGCCCCAUCACUACAGAGAUCCUGGAGGGGCAGCAGUUUUACUACGCUGAGGACUAUCACCAGCAGUACCUGAAGAAGGUACCCAAAGGUUACUGCGGCCUCAAAGGAACCUGCAUCUCCUACUCCAGGAUCCCUGCAAAGGAUGAACUGUGAGGGGUCUGUGGUGAGAUAGGGAGGGGGCAAGAAAAGGGAAUUCUUAACGGGUCUUUAUCUUUCUUACUCUUUUUUUUAUAAAGAAACUAGAAUCACAUGCAGUUUUUAUUUUUAUAAAACAAAGCAGAUAUCCUUCCUUAGCCUUAGAGACCAUUACUGUACCAACAUUGUCUCUUUAUAAAUCACCUGUUCACAGUAUGUGCUUUAUAUGAACACUGGAAAAAUAGAAUCUUUAAAGAUAAGAAGAAAGAUGACAUGGGCUGCAUCCGAAUUGCCAAGUACCUACUCAAUCUGUCAGUAGGCAGUACCUACUAUCCAUGCUGUCUACUGUUUAGUAUCUACUAUCCAGUCGGCGCGCACAGUAGGCAGAUAUUUGUUCCUACUUCGUCUGAUUCAUUCAGUAUGGAAGUGGCGUCAUUUAUGUUACCCGAACCGGCUGCAUUAACUCGUUUUUUGUUUUUUUGUUUAACUUUAUUCAAGAAGAGUAAUGCACAUAUACAAUCAGGUAAACAAAUAUAUAUA